ACGUUUUCUCGUUCACACACACUCUUUCCAACUUCAUAUCAUACAAAGCUGUCACACUGUGGCAAUGCUGACAGAUCGGCACUUUAUAAUGCCUUUUCUGAUUGUGUCACGUUCUUGAAAAGGUUACACUUUCGUUGAACCCAAUAAAAAGCUUUUGAAUUUGGCAUUCAAUUUUUAAUUCGUUUGCAACACAGUUUUCAACAAAAAAAAAAAACAUUUGAAAAAUGGCACCAGCAGCUGCGUUACCCAAACAUCAACCCGAAGAAUCGGAACCAGUCGGUAUCAAUGCAGUUCUUCUGGGCCCACCAGGAAGUGGCAAAGGAACACAGGCGCCAGUGUUGAAGAAAAAAUUUUGCGUGUGUCAUUUAUCGACCGGUGAUAUGUUGCGCGCCGAAAUUGCAGCCGGUUCAAAAAUUGGUGCUGAAUUGAAACGUAUCAUGGAUUCGGGUAAAUUGGUGUCCGAUGACCUGGUCGUUGACAUGAUCGAUAGCAAUUUGGAUAAGCCAGAGUGUAAAAAUGGAUUCCUAUUGGACGGUUUCCCAAGGACAGUGACACAAGCAGAAAAAUUGGAUCAAUUGCUUGAAAAGCGUAAAACCGGUUUGGAUGCUGUCAUUGAAUUUGGCAUCGACGACAAUUUAUUGGUGAGACGUAUCACAGGCCGUUUGAUUCAUCCAGCCAGUGGUCGUUCAUAUCAUGAAGAAUUCCAUCCGCCGAAAAAGAAUAUGACAGAUGACAUAACCGGUGAACCGUUGAUUCGUCGCAGUGAUGAUAAUGUUGAAGCGCUCAAAAAACGUUUGGAAACUUAUCAUAAGCAAACUAAACCGUUGGCCGAUUACUAUGCACUACAAGGACUUCAUUAUAAAGUUGAUGCUGCCAAAAGUGCCAGUGCCGUAUUUGAAAAUAUCGACACCAUUUUCAUGAGACAACGUGCUCGACGUUUAGCUGCCGCCUACAAUUAAAUAUCAGUUGAAUUUUAAAGAAAUAAAAUAUAUCUUUCAAUAUUAAAGCAAACAAAUAAAAUGAACAUAUUUUAUGUGCAAACAAGGGUACAAAAAAGUAAGAACACACAGUACUUGAAUAUUUCUUCAUUAACUUUCGCAAUGGGGUUGUGACAUUGUUUGACAUACUGAAUCCGAAUCUGACAUUACUUCUGUGAUUGCAGAUCAGUCCUUGUAAUGGAAUAUUUUUUUAAAUCCACUGUGUGUCAGUUAAAGUUCAGUGUGUGAAGAUUUUCCAAUUUUUUUAAAAGUCAAAUUGCGAAAAAGAAUUUUUUUGGUACAUUCAUUGUGCACAAUUGUACAUAAUCUCUUUAUUUUUGGACAAUAAAGUAUUUAAUUACCCAGUGUUUUAAUUUCUACGCAAAGUA